GCAGCCGGCGAAUGUGUUCGUCACCUGCGGAUCACGGGGGUGGGGCUCUGUGAGAGGCUUCAAACCAUUGGAGAAGAACUCUCUGUUUAUGCAAACAAUUUGGGCGUCAACUUGGAGUUCUCGGUGGUGGAGAAGAAUUUGGAAAAUCUGAAACCAGAGGACAUAAAAUGGAGGGAAGAAUAGGUUCUUGUGGUGAAUAGCAUUCUGUAGCUGCAUUGCAUGGUGAAGGAAAGUCGUGGGGCUUUGAAUUCGAUGCUGCAGAUGAUUCACGGGCUAGGAAUUUUAACCGUUCUUACCUGUAGUUUUGUCUCACAGCCGCAGACAGAGAUGGAAGCUGUGUGUGGAAGUUUUUGGGUCACAUUCUUUCUUCCACACUCACCCAAGUCUAAUCUCCCUCUAUUUCGCUCUACUCAUCAACACCUAACAGCAUUUCCUUCACAAUCCCAUCUUUUCUUAUAUCACCCUCCUCCCUAUGCCAAUGCUAAAACCCUUCGUGCCAGAACCUCCUCCAAACUCGUCAUUUUCCUUCUCCACUUAAUUGCUUCUUUGGAACAAGUUGACCAUACUUACAUAAUGGUCAAGCCCGACGGCGUGCAACGUGGCCUCGUGGGAGAAAUUAUUUCUAGGUUUGAGAAGAAGGGGUUUAAGUUAACCGGCUUGAAGCUCUUUGAGUGCUUGUGUGUAUGUAUGUCAUGUGUUGAGUGCAGUGGUUUUUCUUACUGUUGGGAUUAUUAUGGGGUUCAGGAGCAUUACAAGGAUCUAAAACAAAAGUUAUUCUUCCCCAAGCUGAUUGACUAUAUUACUUCAGGUCCUGUUGUGUGUAUGGCUUGGGAGGGGGUUGGGAUAGUCGCAUCGGCCCGUAAACUUAUAGGCGCUACAUAUCCUCUUCAAGCUGAACCAGGCACAAUAAGAGGAGACCUUGCUGUUCAGACACGAAGGAAUGUUGUUCAUGGCAGUGACAAUCCUGAGAAUGGCAAGCGUGAAAUAGGUAAGGCCUCUUAUGCUAUCCAGUUUAACCCAAAUACAUGCAACAAACAUAGAUGUGAAUUGUGA